AUGUUCACCACUCGUUCCUUCACACCCCAACAACAACGCGUUCUCUCCCUCUAUCGCCAAAUUCUCAAACUCGGCAAUUCGUGGGACAAACUCUCCAAUCAUCACACCAUCACAGCCUUCCACAAGAAAAUCUAUGAAGCACAAUUCAUUUCCAAAGAAAAGGAUCACUUUGACUUUUCCAAAGACGAAUCGGAAAUUCAACGUGAAAAGGAAUACAUUUUGAGUGAAGCCAAGAAAGCCUUUCGGGUCAAUAAAGAUUUGACCAAUCCCGAAGAAAUUGAAGACAAGAUUAAUGAGGCUGAAAAGAGACUUUUUUUAACUCAACAUUAUGGAAUUCCAUACGAAAGACCAGAACAUGUCAAUUUGUAUGAUACGUAUUGGAAGGGAUCGUUGGAUGAAAAUGCUGCUGAAGAAGUGGCCUCUAAAGAUGAUGGAGAACAAAUUGUGUAUACCAAUGUGAAUAAUCCCAAUGAGGUGCAUGAUUGGCAUUCUCUGAAUCCGACCAUUCCUAAAAUUGAACGAAAGAGACCUGCACGUCACUCAUCAUCAUCGAAUUCUACUUCUGAUAGUAGUAGUAGUAAUAAUAGUAGUACUUCUAAAACAACAACAACAACACCUAGCACCAAUACAAACACCACUCCUCAAAACACCUUUCAAAGGGCCAGCGAUGCACAUAUCACUUCACGAGUUGCUGCAGGUGGAGAUACUGAAUUUAACCUUGAAGAAGAAAAUUGGAAGUAG